GGGAAGUAAGGUGAAUGAGAACAGAGAACAAUGAAACGUUUACUAUCCUUUUGACCUAUUUCCUGAAUUUUUAGAGUUCAGCAAAAACCUCGAUAUUUCAUGCAUCCUCACCUUUACCUGGCUUUCGACCGAACAUUUUGCCACUAAAUACAUCGGUUGUUACUUGUUGUGGACUGUCUUAAUCAGCUUGUCGAAUAUGAAUUUCAGUCUUCUACGAUGCUUUUAUGGCUGCCCUUUGUAUCAAAGUACUUUUUGUGUACAAGCUGAUGCCAAAAUUUAAAAUACUGCAAAGUAUAAAAUUUUCAAUCUUUUCAUAUUUUUAAAAAUCUAAACUGAUCUUUGGACAGCACGAACUUCUCGAAACAACACAAGCGCGCCAUUUUCCACACAAGAACAUUUGUGGUUGUAUGCGGCCUUUUGACAGAGCAUGGAUCUUUCGAAGGACAAGGACAACAUGGAUUUUGGCCAUUCAGACGAGCUUUUUGCGUCAAAAAAUAGACAGGCAGUAGAAGAAAAAGUGCCUUGGCAAGAUGUAGAACCUGUUUGUGUUACUAGUGAAGAAUUCAGAGACAUCUUUGGGGAUUCGUCCGACGAGGAAACUGAAUUUUACGGGUUUUCUGAAAGGGAACUAGGACUUAAAGAAUUCAGAAGCGUUAUGUCUCCCAAUAAACUGAAAUUCCAGGACGACUUUUAUAUGCCAUUAUUUUUAUCACAUCGAAGAAGAAAUCGUGACCUGGUUCUAGAAAAGGCUGGCAAACUUGAAAAAGAAACGAGAAAAUCACUAGAUGCUUUAACGAGUGACAACAAAUGUGAAGUCGGAAAGAAGAAGAAGACAGUUGAUUGCAUCAAAAAAGUUCAAGAAGAAUUCAAUUUUAUGGAGCUGGAUAACCCCUAUGCAAAGACAUAUAAAUCGUACAGAAGAGACAGAAGCAGGUCUUUUCCACUGCCAGUUCCUAAAAGCGAGUUGAAACUGGAAAAUAAAGAGCAGACGGAAACUAAAGUUCCUGUACGGUGUCAGUUGACUGAUGAAAUGGGGAUUGCCUCGAAGCAUUGCAGUGAUGCAGCAGAAUUGGCAGUCGAGAAGAAAGACAAUCAAUGUACAAAGACAGCAGAGAGCCAAGUAGGCCUGAAAAUGAAAAUUCAUUACCAAAGCCAUGUUAGGCCAAAACGGAAAGUGAUCGUGCAGGAAAGGGAUGAUUUUGUUUAUAGUAUCACCCUACCCAGCAAAAAGAGAGCGCGAACUCUGUCACCGACUGUCAUAACAAGUGCAAAAAUACUUCAAAGGGGUCCGAUAGCUGACGAGGUUUAUCCCAUGCAAGAAAAGGCUCCACUAGAAGCAGCCAGAGAAGAUGUGACAGAGCUCGAAACCUCAUUCACGCUGCAGCCUGAUGCUUCGAAAGAUCUUUCUAAUGACGCUCUAAAAGAAGUAAUAGAUAAAUCAAAUACCGGACAGGAAACAAGCUUCCAGCAAGAAUUAGAAGUUGAACACGACAUAAUAGUUCAUCCUGAAUCAGACUUUGGGAAAGUUCAUCAAGACUCGCACUUUAAACAAGACUCGGAACAUACUGGGCAAAAAUCAAGUAUUGAACAAGCUUCUAAAAUCGAUCAAGAUUCAGAUAUCAGGCAAGAGUCGAAUAUUGGCCAAACCCCUAAAGUUGGUCAGGACUCAAAUAUUGGCCAAACCUCUAAACUUGAUAAAGACUCCAUGACCGGUCAAGAUUCAAAAGUCGAUGGGCCUCUCAAUGUUUCAAAAGUGAUAAACACUGAACCUAGGCCCAAAAGGAAGAAACGUUUUAAAAACUUCAGAGAUCCCAAUGAAGGCUACCAGCGAGCUGUUUUAAGUGACAUUUUCCAAGAAGCUGUACCGGGAGACAGCGUUACUGAGCCAGCUUGUACGUUAUCGGUAGACGCAACGAAGACAGAAAACUCUAUCGCUGAAUUUGAAGACAAAGUUGAAGAAACAGCGAUGAAAAGCCCCUUAGAAACAAGCAAUGAAAAGGAUGUUGAUCUAAGGAAAGGGAAGGAUAGUUUGUCUUGCCCAAAGGUGCAUGAACAUGAACAAACUAAAAGAACUAAGGAAAAUAACGACAAAAGGCCUAAAAGACAGUCGAGAUACAGAGACUCCUUAGGUGAGACCACUGUGAAACCAAAAGAUUUCAAUUUAACUGACAGUUGGUUCAUAGUUAACCCAACGCCUAGCAAGAGACGCUCGAGUACCACAAGAACUCCAAUUGUUCCAAAAUCUGAAAAUUCUCAAAGCAAAAUAAAGGAUGAAUCUGCUGUCGAUGCAACUGUAGAACAGAAGUCCAUUCACCAGGCACCAUCUGUAGGUAAAUUUGUUUCUGUAGAAGGAAGUAAGUCUGUAACAAGAAAACGAAGGUUGAAGAAUGUGACUUACUCGUCUGUUGUUGAUUUGACAUCAAAUGUUGGAGAUACUGCGCAUUUAGGUGUCAUGCAGCCAGAACAGAGAGCCUCCCUGAGCAACACUAAAUCAACUGGCGCAGUUGAAAAAGAUGACACUUCUGUGGAUAUUAACGAUAUGUCUAAUGACAAAGAGACAUGCUCUGGCAAUAAAGAUAAUAAUGUAUUUUCGAAGUUUUCAGACCGUCGAAAAGGUAGUUUAAGGAAAUCUUGCUCUGAAGCAGAAAACAAGGAACAAGGUAAAAUUGAGAAAUCUGCUGAAGAAAGUUCCAAAGAAAAUGUUAAAGAUGCAGAAUUGUUACUGUCUUCUAGCAGUUUUAUAAAAGAACAGGAAAGCGUUGCUGAAAAGGUUCAAAGAGGUAAAAUUGAAGACAAUGUCUCAAAAGUUGAGCGUUCUUGUAAAGCUGAAAAUAAGACAAAGUCAAAAAGCAUUGACGCUGUGGGCCAGAUUUCUACUGAGGCGGGUAAUGAUGACAACCUUGUGAAAGAAAUGCCCCGGACAAAGGUUUUGCGAAGCUCUUUGGCAAGUAAAAGAAUGAAGAAUAGAAGUCGAACUAGCGAAAAACAGAUAAUCACUGUUGAAAUCAGCGAUGAUGUCGGCGAAUCAAGUGCUUGUAUAAAAUGCGAUAUCGAUGGAGAAAUCGAGUCUUUAGCGGGCACAAACGCCCAAACAUCAAGUUCUAAAAAAGAGACAAUUGUCGAUUCACAGGGAAAACUCGGUGAAGAUAACAUCCGCGAUAGUCAAAUAGAAAAAAAAUCUUAUAGUGAUGCGGAUACAUCUGUUGGAAUAGAAGAGCUGAAAAGCAAAGAAAGUGAGGCGUCAAUGCAAGUGACACUUGAAAGUAAUCGAACUGAUAAUGACUCCACGCCAGAAGUUACUUUUUCAAAACCACUUGCUAUGAUUGAGGGAAAGAAAUUUGCGCAUCCUUAUCUAUCUACCGAUGAAGACAGUGAAAAAGCUGAGUGUAAAGAUGAGAGUGUUGUACCACGAAAUGAGGAGAAUGUAAAGGAAAAUACACAAGCAGCUGACAGUGGGUCUGGUGAAGGGUCUGAGGAAGGGUCUGGUGAAGGGCUUGGAGAAGGGCCAUAUGACGGAUCACUUGAGGGGAACAUGCAGGAAGAUAUGAAAAAAGAUGAUCGUAAGGUGAACAGGCGAUUUCCAAAUGCGGUGGAUAAGGACAUCAAAAAAGUUAGAUCGGGGAAAAGUUUUAUUAUAAAAACACCAGUAGAUGAUUCUGAAAAACAGGUUUCCUUGAAGGCUGGUAAAUUGUCGACACGACGCAAUUCUCAUGGAGAGUUAAAUGAAGAUUCAGAUGCAGAUCUUGAUCUUGUUGCAACCGAUGCGAACGAUGAUGAUGAUUUCAAAGACAACAAAGUUAAGCGGAAGGUUUAUACUGUCGUGCGCAAGAUUAGGAGAACUGAGAUAAAUGCCGAAGGUAAAAAGGUAACCAAGAUUAUUCGGCAGGUCGUGAAAAAAGUUUGCCCUGUAAACGCUGACCCUUUCGGCAAAAAAGUUGUUGGCAAGUCUACAGAAACUUCUGAAGCAAAGGACCAAGAAGCAGUUAACAAUAAAGGUCGGGACCCCAAGCAUCGCAAUGCAAAGGACAAAGGUGAAACCGGGAAAAUGACUUCAGAGUCAGAAAAUGAUAAGGAUUCUGAAAAUUCUUCCAAGGCCAAAGGUGAGCGGAAAGUUCCUAGAAGCCAUUCCGGAAAUAAGGCAUUGAGGUGUGGAAAGUGUCCGGCAUGCGUCCGAAAAACAGAUUGUCGUGAAUGUGAGAACUGCAGGAAAAAGAUAGCAAGCUUUCCGAAGAAACUCAACAUAAUUUGCAAAAUGAAACAAUGUCGGGAAAAAGUUGACAAAACACAAGCUGAAGCUUCAAAAUCAGUGUCUUCAAAAUCAGUGCCUUCAAAAGACGAAACUCGACCUGUGAAGAAAAAGACGAGUGUAGUUCAUGAAAGAAAGGAAAUGACAGUGAAAUCUUUGGCCAAUAAGAAACCGAACGAAGCCAAAAAGGGUUCUCAUGCGUCAACAUCUGCCCCCGAAAAAUCGGUACCAGAUAAACCGAAGCCCAAGUCAAAAAGUAGUCGGGCCGGAGCAAAAACUGGGGAUUCAGGUGAUAUCGUUUACUCGCCGGGUUUUAAACUGCGAAGCCAAAAGUCAACAGAAGUCCAAGCAAAACCAAACCGCAUUUUGAAAGAAGUGCAGUACAGUGGCAUGCAGCCAACGGUGAAGCUUCCGUGGCCAGAAGAGCAAGACGAGCAGAGUGUCUGCAAUUCUGGGAAUUUCUUUUGCGUCACAACCCCCAUCACAAUAGCAACUAAAGAUAUAUGCUUUCAUUGUGGAAGUGGUGGCUUUCAGAAGAUGGUAACAUGCAUCGGCUGCAGCGAGGCAUACCACGAGUUCUGCAUUGAAAUCGAUCCUCUUGAUGAGAACCGUUGGUUCUGCGAUCGAUGCAAACGUUGCAAUGUCUGUGGCUACAAAGACAACUUGCUGAUGUGCGAUAAAUGCCACGACUGCUACCACGCAGAAUGCCUCGGUCCCAAUUAUCACAAACAAACAGAGGGCGUUGAUGAUUUGUGGCUUUGCGCAAAAUGUGUCAAAUGCGAAAAGUGUGGCACCAAAAUACCUGGAAAGCGCAAAGAUUCGAAGUGGAUGAGAAACUUCACUUUGUGUGAAGAAUGUGAUCGAAGAAUGCGUCGUGGUCAGUUCUGCUCGAUCUGUGAGAAUGUCUAUUCAGAAAACGACUAUGAUACGAAAAUGAUGUAUUGCUCAAACUGCGGCAAAUGGAUCCACAUGGAAUGCGAAGGCCUUAAUGCCGAUGAAUACGAGUGCCUCGCUGAGUUACCUGAAGAGGUUCCUUAUAUUUGUAAAUUGUGUCAUAGCUCUGAAGUUUGGCCUAAAUGGUACCAAGAAGUUCGUGAAGAAAUGCAAGCUGGUUUUGAGAAGGUCUACUAUGAAUUGGUAGCUUCAAGCGAUUACAAGAUCGUAAGCAAACAUCUUCCAGAGUUCAAAGAAAGUGACGCAAAGAAUAUGCUCGACAACAUUUUUGAAAAAGUUCAACGUCAUGAAAUGCCUAAAGUUGUUGAUUUCAAAGAAGCAAUGAUGGAAUUCAUAGAGAAGUUAAAAGAGUUGGUUAUUGGAGUUUUGCCUGAUCAGAUAAUUUUUGACUUCGAAAUAUUGUUGAAAAAGCAAUUAAAAUCCAUGUUUUCCUGGUCGGGUGGGGAAGAUCCAAAACCAGAUAUAACCAAAGCACCGCUAGAAACAUCAAUCACUAGUGGGGUUUUAGUACCAGCGAGUGCUGUGAAAACGAUUGACUUGGACCACACCUAUCACAAUACAGAAAGUAACCUCAGGACGGAAAAGAAUGGGGAAGGCGACACAGAAAGCUUUGACAAAGCAUCUGAAUUGGAAUUAGCACUGGUGAAUACAGAUUCAAAGUCUUCAUCAGAAGAUGACAAUAUAUUUGAAAGACUGCUUUGCAAAGAAAAAAGUGUAUCAGAAACUCAGGAUAUUAUGCAGGACAAUGGCAUAAAAGCAGUAUCAAGAGUGACGAACGUGGACAGCGCCCACCAGAUUGUAGAAGGAGCGGCUACCACAGUCAAAACCGAUCUCCCUAAUGAUGCAUACUCUGACGUCACUAGUACCAAGACCGAGUCUUCCGAUGCAGAUCCAGACCUUGCCGGCUCUUCUCAAAGUGGCGUUGCUAUGGAUGAUGAUACCUGUCAAGAUGUUGAUGCGGAAAAUUUGCAAGGGAGAAUACGAACAGCCAAACACAAUGACGACAGAAGAUGUCAGCUUUGCAAUCAAUACGGGGACGACUUCGAAAAGGAUGCUGGGAGGAUACUCUAUGCCGGCAACAAUGAAUGGGUUCACGUGAACUGCGCGCUUUGGUCUGCAGAAGUCUACGAGAAUGAUUCGGGACACCUUCAAAACGUCCACAACGCAAUAACAAGAGGCCAGCAACUUCGCUGUUCAACUUGUCGGCAAUGGGGGGCUACUGUUGGCUGUUGUGCCACCAGCUGUCAGAGUAAUUAUCAUUUCAUGUGUGGAAGAAACAGCUCUGUGAUCUUUCAAGAUAACAAACUAGUGUAUUGCGAAAAACAUCGGGCGAAGUCAAAAAGUGAGGUUCUUCUUGACGGCGAAGGCUUCGUGGUUGCAAGACCUGUGAUGGUCGACUUAGCAAAGGUAUCAACUCUUAAGAAGUACAAUGCUGAUCACGAUCCAGAUUCCGUUAGCCUUUAUUCAGGUUCGUUGAUUGUUCAGCGCCUUGGAAGACUAACAGAUGCAUCAAAUAGUGACGACGUUCUGCUACCCAUUGGCUUCAGGGCUACCAGAUUGUUUUGGAGCACCAAGGACACCCGGAAACGCUGUAAAUAUUAUUGUACCAUUGAAGAGGUGCCUGUAGUUACCAAACCGAUUGCGGAGGAGGAAGGAAGGAGCCAGUGUAUGAGUGGAUGGACCAUUUGUCAUGUAUCUAAGUCAACAAAAAGAAAAGAGAGAGAUUUUGAAUCGUGGAUGAAAAGUUUAAGAAAAAAGCAAAGACCUGAUAAUCUUGAACCGUCGAAUGGCACAGCGCGUAUUGAGACAACAAUUAGUUGUACGCAGUCCCAAUCUUACGUAGGAAGACCCCUCAAAAUCGGAAAGAUUCCUCUCCCCGCCAGUGGCCCGAGGCGAUCAAAUAUUUCCAGUCUCGCAAAUACAGCACGUUCAAAUAUGAUAGCAACAACAUGCACGGUCACUAUACCAUCAUAUGCCCCCAUUUCUGUUCCUGGAAUAAGAACCAUUUCACCAAACCCCAAAAGACCCACAUACACGAAAACGUCGCCGCAAAAGAACACACCACACAAGAUCAUACCCCAGCCGAGUUCACAAGUUUCACCCUUUGAUUUUCAAGGCAGAAAUCAACAGCCUUUCGAAAAUGUGACAAAGCCUAGGCUGAUACAACCCAAACUUAGGUAUGAACUUGUACCAACCAUCUUACAGCCGGAUUGCACAGGCUCUUCAAAGCGACCAAUACUUCCAAAAUUUGAGACGCCCGUUGUAGCCAUAGCCCAACACCUUCACUACCACCUCAAUACAAAUCCCCAGAUGUUACAUUACGUUGGUGACACUACUUUGCAGGGCCUAAACCGAGUUUUAGGAUUGACGUAUCCGUCUUCUUUGAACCCAGUCCCCCUCCCCGUCAGUUCAAAUAGUGCGAUGCUGCCGUGUUAUACAAUGAACUUGCCAGAGGCAUUUUGGCACACGCAUACAGUUAAUGAAUCACGUGCUCAGAGACAGCCGUUUCAGGUGCACAGGGGUAAUUGCGUUGCAGGCAAACGGAAAAAAGUUGAUGCACAGAAUCAAACAAAGGAUGACGGGGGACAGGAAAAAGGCAACACUGUUGUGCUAGAUAAAGCCGAACUCAUGAAAAAGAUUCAUGACUGUGUGAAAGAACGGGUCAAUAGUCGAGUACACGAAAAUAAGAAUAUACCUUUAAACAAAGUAACUGAAUUUCAAUCAGAGAAAAACACAAGUUCUGAUAAAUCUGUACCUAAUAGCAACAUAUCUUUACAAAAUAACCAUCAGAAUCUAUCGCGACUGUCUAUUCAGAGUUCAUCAGCAACCAGUGAACAUGAUAAAAACGAUUUGAAUGGUUCGAGUAGAGAAUUGAGGCAAUCAAAUUCUGGGGAUAUCAAAAGCUUACCAGCUUUCUCAGAGCUCGUAGAGAAGCUGUCACAAAGCGACGAAUCAGGGAAUUCCCCCUGUGGUAGCAUAGCAGAGGAUUCACCGUUAUCGUUGAACAAUAUAACUGAACUCUCGUGCCUACAGGCUGCUGCUCAGUUAGCUAAAUUAAUGCCAGAAAUGUUUAAUGAAAAAGAGUUAAGGACAAAUGCAAUAGAAACAAGUGUUCCACGCCCUGAUCAAGUAGUAACUUGUGCAAGUUCGCAGGACACUGUUGCUCCUGACUUGAGAUCGGAUUCUGAGCCUGAACGGCCUAGUUCGCUCUCGAAAUCGUGCUCUGCUGUUCUUGUGAGUAAGAGCACCAAUCGUCAGAAUCGCAACUGGUAUCAUGAACAAAUGGAAAAGCUGCUUAAAAACAGAAGAGAGACUGCGAAAUCCAGUUUGCGCAUUCACGUGAAAAAUGAAGAGGGUUUGCAGAUCAGUGGCAGCUCAGUCCAAGAUAUUUGGAAACAGCUUGUUGACCUAUUGAACGAAACACGAACCGAUCAAAAACUACCAACAUUUCUUUUCAACGACAGCGAAGCAUUCGAUUUCUUCGGUUUGUCGAAGUUCCCUGUCGUAUUUUUGGCCGAGCAGCUUCCUGGUGGACACAAAUGUAGAAGUUAUAAGUUCCAGUUUCACCUUCCUUGUACCGUUGACGAGGAUAAGGAACUUCCUCUCAAUCCUCAUGGUUGUGCUAGAGCUGAAGCAGUAUCAAGGAGACCGCCUGCAGACAUGUUUGCAUGGCUAGCAUCACCCUACCGAACGCUUCCAAAAUGUCUAGAUGAACCGGACAAUGAUGCAGAGAUAAACAAAACUGCAUCAGAUCUGCCUUUGUCGAUGCGUUUUAGGCAGCUUAAAAACAGCGUGAAGAAUCAUGUUGGUGUAUAUAGGUCUCGUAUCGACGGAAGAGGGCUUUUCUGUAAGCGUCAAAUAGAGGCUGGUGAGAUGGUCAUUGAAUACGCAGGCUCUGUUAUUCGUGCUACGUUGACAGACAAGAGGGAGAACUACUACGAGGGAAAGGGUUAUGGAUGUUAUAUGUUCCGAAUCGAUGAUUUAUGCGUGGUUGACGCAACUCUGUUUGGCAACGAGGCUCGGUUCAUAAAUCAUUCUUGUGAGCCUAACUGUUAUUCCCGUAUUGUGUCUGUUGAUGGAGAAAAACACAUCGUAAUUUUCGCGUCAAGAAGAAUCUACCCAGGUGAAGAGCUCACUUACGAUUACAAAUUUCCGUUCGAAGAAGAAAAACUGCCUUGCCACUGCGGAUCCAAGAAAUGCAGAAAAUACCUGAACUGAAUGCCAUUCAAUGCUCCUGAAGUAACGUUCACUGAAUGUGCUGUCUUUCAGUCCUGAUUUGUGAAAUGCAUCGUUGUCAAAUUUUUAGCUCCAAACGGUUGCAGCAUCCUAUACCGUGUUUUGAUUUUAUCGCCAACAUAAUAUAAAGGACAUCUUUAUGUCGGCGCAUUGACUUCGGAAAGCUUAGAAGUAUCUACAAAGCCUCCACUUGCAUAUUUGUCUCUAUUGUGUAUGAUAUUUAAUUACGCAUGUCAUGGCCCGAGAAUUUCUACUUUCACCUCCAAUAGAUGUUUUCUUUUAUGUUUCUUUUAUAUGUUUCCUUUUGAUACCUCGUGUAUUCGUUCUCUUCUUAAUCUACCAAUGUCACUAUUAGUAAAAAUGGAAAAUCACUGUAAAUGUUUUUUUAAGAUUCAAAAUAACCCACGUCAACCACACUUCGAUUUGUGAUUGGCCACCGUUGAUUGACAGGUUUAUUUCGACCAGUCGAAUUCCUGGUAGUAAACAUGUCAAAGAGCCUAAUAUCUUGCAACCGUCCUCAGACGUUGCUCCCUAGUAUAUUAUAGACAAUGAUUUAUAAGCAAUGUCUCUACAACCGAUCUUACGCAAGACUACACACAAAUGUUUUUAAAUGAUGGUUGAUGAUAUUUUGAUUGAAACCGUUGAUUAUUCGAGUAGCAUUUGCAAUUUCAUGUUUGUGAGCCUGUGCCCUUGAAGUUUCACAAUUUAAUUGCUAAGUAUGCUUUCCAGGGUCAAUAAAUUGAUAAAAGCAGAUUAGACCUAUUCUUCCCGCUAAGACGUGCCCCAAAUAAACUAUGAUAUUGAGUUUCCCUGAAAAAUGUUCUGGUGGUCAAACAGCAACUUUUUAUUUCCCGAGUUAAGUCAUAUUUCUCAUGUUCCUCAAAAAUUGUGCGAUGCAAUAAUAUUCAAUGUGCAAAAGUCAACUUUUCGUAAAUUUCCAACUUCGAUGUAGUAUUUAUAAAAUUCGCUGAACUUUUUUAAGAUUUAUGUUCCGUUUUUCCUAGGUAACUGCUUUUCAAAUAUAUUAUAUUUUAUUGUGUAUUAGAUGUAAUUUAUGCCAUAAUAGACUGUAUUUAUCAAGGUAUUAACAUUCAAUGCAUUGGUUUCUGUUGCAAUCAAACUAUCAAUACCAUUGUGUCUUUAAUAACUUUGCCUAUACGGCUUACAGGAAAAGAGUGAUGACGUCAUAGAUGAGUAUAUUUUCAGAAUCUGUUUACAAUGAUUUUGUUUUUCUAAAAUCGCUUUAGCUGUGGAUCGAUAAUGCUUUGCUAGGAAUAUUUUAUCUACCCCUUACCCUCAGCGCUGUGAGUCCCCUCCGUUAUAAUUGUUUCUGGCUGCCGUAACAAGACAGCAAGAAAGAAUAAAUGAAUUGAGAGACGACACUUUUUGAUGUGCCAGUAUGUUCGAAUUUGUUGUUUUAUAAUGUCAUUGUUUCUCCCAUAAAUGAAUCUCCCUGCUUAUUUCCAAAAACCAUUCACAGUGCUUCCACUUGGAAGAAAAUUUCUAUCCAAAAGAAAAUUUGGGUUUUUUUGGAAGUAAAAAAGAAGGGAAUGAAAAAUUGAAGGAACCGUUUUUCAACUUUCUCAACAUGUCAAUUGCACGCAUGCAUACUACACUGUUUUGCACAUAUUGUAUGUAAAGCAAUCUUCUCGCUGGGCAAAGAUGGUUAUGGAAAACGAUUGCAGUUUUGAGUCGAUAAUUUUAAGCCCUGUAUAUCUUUCAUCAACAUUACACCAACGCAAGUUCUCUGAGGAAACGGGGGAUUGGGAUUGGAAAGUUAAAAAACAUUACAAAAACGUAGAGGCCAGGCGCAAAAACAAAAACAUGAUUUAUUUUAUUGUCUAGCGAUACGAUUAAGGUUUUCACAUGAAGAAAUAAAAGGAUAGAUCAACGACAAAAUAUAUUUAAUUCACAUGUUGGAAGAAAUAAGUUGUUUUCGAAGGUAUUUAUGCUUGUUCGCAUGUUAAUGUUCAGUGAAAUGUUGGAAACGUUUAGCCCAAUCACAGUGAAAAUAGGCCAACCAUGUUGAGCAUUGUUCAGCGAAAAUGUUGAGAGCGUUUUACCGGGGCUUGGCACAAUACACGUGAUUAGGAAAAAACGUUUUAACUCCGUCUGGCUUUUUGCUUUGAAUCAGAACUCUCAUUAGCAUUUGCAACCUUGGAGAUAAACAUCACACUUCACUUUGCAUGACGCGAGCUAACCGCCCACUUAUGCUCUGAGCAAUACUUAAAAUCCGAGACAAAUUAACUGGACUCGACAAAUAUCGUUUCAAAUUGAUCUUGUUGUAAUGUUAUGAACCUUUAUUGUGAAGAAAGUUCUAGAAAAUAAUGUAUCACGAUUUUACAGUUCUGUUAUUGUCAAAAUUCCCCGCUAAAUGCAACCACUUUUCCCUUUUCUCAAAGGCCAUGACGUCACACUAAGCGUAACGGUGUGGGCAUGCGUUUUAGUAACUAACAAUGUCAUAUCUCUCAAAGUGUUCCCAAACAAAAUUUCCAACAACAAGCAUUUGUUAGAAAGCUCUCAUGUUGCAAU